UCCUCCAGUCCCAGUCCCUCCUGAUUGCUGCGGUUUGCGCCAAAAUCUCCUCGCCCUUCUUCCCCACGACGUGCUCCCCUCCCCUCCUCCUCGGGCCCCGCUCUCCAGUUGCUGCAAUCCUCCCAAGGAGAGGAGAGGACUCCACUCCACGCUGGGGAUUGGGAUAUUCCUUGUCCCGCGGGGUCAGUUUUUAGCAGCAGCAGUACAGUAGUUGGCUGGUUGCUACCACUACACGAGCUCGGGAGGAAGGAAGGAAGGAAGGAAGGAAUCGCAAGGCGAAGAGUCGGAGCUGGCGGAGGAGGAGGUGCUCGCGAUGGGGUCCGAGGGAUCCGCCGGGGUCGUCGUCGUUCCCAGAAACUUUAGACUGCUUGAAGAGCUUGAGCGAGGUGAGAAGGGCAUUGGUGAUGGGACAGUGAGCUAUGGAAUGGAUGAUGCUGAUGACAUAUAUAUGCGUUCCUGGACAGGAACUAUCAUUGGCCCUCCUAAUACUGUUCAUGAGGGACGAAUCUAUCAGUUGAAGUUGUUCUGUGAUACAGACUAUCCAGACAGACCACCUACUGUUCGAUUCCAGACUCGAAUCAAUAUGUCAUGUGUGAAUCAAGAAACUGGAAUGGUUGAACCAAGUCUAUUCCCCAUGCUUGGUAACUGGCAAAGAGAACAUACAAUGCAAGACAUCCUGAUCGGCUUAAAAAAGGAGAUGUCUGCUCCUCAGAAUCGUAGGCUCCAUCAACCCCAUGAUGGCAAUGAAGAUCAAAGAGUAGAACAGAAAGGGCUAUCGCUUAGGUGUGUCAUCAUGUAAGAGAUGCGAAUUGCAAUGUACAGUAUUAUUAAAUUGAGUAGCAUCAGGCGCAAAAAAGAGAACCCAUGAUCUCCUGUAAUUUGGCAGUAACUACAUUGGAUCCAAACCGUGCUGUCGCCUCAAUAAAAUGUCGGCAACUUCGUUAAUUUGCACAUUGUGUAAACCGUUCAUCCCCUCGUUCAGUAAGAUUGCAACUUGCAAGUUGCAACCCAUGUCUCCAUUGUUUCAGGAAA